AUGACAUUCCAGCCUCAUAUUAAGACGGUACGCGACCGUGCCGCCUUCAUUCUAGAACGUCUCUACCCGGAGAUAUGCAGGCGAAAUUUGCAGAAUGAAGAUAUUUAUUUGAACGCUACUCAAUUAAUACGAAAAAAUGGAUAUCAGGUAGAAGAAUACGAGGUGGAGACUGAAGAUGGAUAUUUAUUAUUACUGGUGAGAAUACGUGGUUCCGGACCUACGGUCUUUUUAAUGCAUGGUAUUCUGUUAAGUUCGGAUGAUUGGGUAACAGCCGGGACCGACAUUGGCAUUGGCUACUUGCUCGCAGCGGAGGGUUUCGACGUAUGGAUGGGUAACGCACGCGGCAAUAAACAUUCCAGAAAACAUAGAACUUUAUCACCAGACACCGCUGAGUUUUGGAAUUUUAGUUACCACGAAAUUGGGAUCUAUGAUUUGCCAGCGAUGAUAGAUUAUACACUCGCUGUGACAAAGCAAGAAAAACUAAUAUACGUGGGGCAUUCACAAGGAACGACUACUUUUUUCGUUAUGGCUUCCGAGAGACAAGAGUACAAUUCCAAAAUUUCUGUUAUGAUAGCCUUAGCACCUAUUGGAGCGCCCGCACAUGUUAAAAGUCUAGUUCUCUUACUUAUAAGAGUGAUAACAUUGGAUUACCCGCAAAUAUUUUUUGGAGGAGCAAGAUCUAUUGGUAUACAGGAAAUAUUUCCUAGCAAUGUACUUACUCAUGCCUUCACAACGUUAGUUUGCAGUCAGUUAAUUUUCCAAAAAACCAUCUGUAGAUCUAUUAUUGAGGCUCUUGUUGGGUAUGACGAGUCGCAGGUAUUUUAUCCAUCACUUUCUACUGUUUACGCUCAUAUACCUUCAGGAUCUUCGACUAAGCAAUUUGAACAUUUUGGACAGGGUGUUUCAAGCCGCCACUUUGCAAAGUUUGACUACGGAAAAGUAGAAAAUUUUAGGUUAUACUCGAAUAGUACUCCACCUGAAUAUCCUUUACAAAAUAUAACAACGCCGAUUGCAUUUUUUUAUGGACUAAGCGACUUAUUUGCACCCCCAGAAGACGUCCUACACUUACAACGUCAACUACCCAACAUAAUAGAAACCUAUGAAGUACCUUUUAAUAAAUUUAGUCAUGUAGACUUUGUAUAUGCAAAGGAUCUCAAGAAGCUUGUUUUUGCCAGAAUGCUGGAGAUAAUAAUCUUAUAUGUAUAA